AGAUGGCCAGAAUCGACGAAAUGCGCGUGUCGGAGCCGCACAAGGAGCUCGCGGUCGCCAACGAAAAGUACGUCAAGAACUGCACCGAGCUUGUGCUGGCGCACCGCGAGAUCGAUGUGCUCGGCAAUUUUGAACCGUUUGUGAGCCUCGAGGUGCUCUGGAUCAACGACAACAAUAUUGAAAAACUCACGGGUCUCGACACGUGCUUCCGCAUCAAGUACUUGUUUGCGCAAAACAACCGCAUCUCGACGGUCGAUGGAUCGCUUCUGCACUUCACGUUUUUACGCGAACUUCGACUCUUCAACAACCGUCUCCAGGACCUGCACGCGACGCUCCGAACGCUCUCCAAGCUUUUGCACUUGCACGAUUUGGAUUUGUUUGGCAAUCCGCUGGCCGAAGAGGAAAACUACCGUCUGCACGUGAUUGCAGCAAUUCCGUCGCUCGAGGUGUUUGAUCGCCACGUCAUCACCCCCGACGAGCGCAUCGCCGCCAAAAAGCUACACCUGCGGCGUCCCGACCACGCAGCCAAAGCCAGCAACAACCACCAGUUGACAAAAGAGCCACAGCCGCACGAAUGGUCGGGCACCGUCAAGAUGCUAAUGAAGGAAGUGUCGGUGAUCGAACGACGCCACAAGGCCCAAGAAGAGGCCGAACGAAAGAAGCAAUUUCAAAUGACCGACGCGUCGUUUACGAGUCAAACGAAUGCGAGCAACCGCGCGAUUGCGAUUGCUCAGAACGCAACGGUCAUGGACGAGUGGGAUCUCUGCCAUUUGCGCAAAGCCUUUCGGGCGGCUGACCCCCGCAAACGCGGAGGUAUUUUUGCAACCCUUUUCGGGCACAUUAUCUCGGAAAUGCUCGACCAUGGGCAGCAGCUCGUCUUCAACGAUUAUGUUCUCGACGAAGAAAGCAGUUUUUCCGAGCUACUCGCACACAUUACGCGGCCCAUGACCGCCGCCGAGAUCGAUCAAGAAGAUGUCGACCCGCCUACCACGAGCCUUGUGACGUGGGCGCUCUUCUCACAGGACUUGAUCAAACAAAUGCACGCGCUAUCCCAAAAAGCAUACCACCUGCAAAGCCUUUGUGACCAGCGCAGCUCGGGACGCAGCUCGUUUGCACACAUUGCUGCGGCCGAAGCCAAGUCCCCUGCCCGCGACGCGAUCACGGUGUUUAGCUACACCAAAGUAUGUCCGUCCAAGGACGAAAUGGGCCAGAACGAUCCGAGCCAGCUCCUCGCCAAGAAAUACGCCAUCAAAGACAGGGAUUUCCAAUCGUACUUGAAAGCCAAAGACGCGCGGCGGCCGGUCAAAGUCACAAAAGACGUGUUGACGUUGUAG